AUGACGUCGUACGCAGCCCCGAUGACUUUGGUAUUUGACUCGUACGCAGCUCUGAUAACCCUGAUAUCGCGUCAGAUUCAAGGUCUUCACGCCGCUGCCGGAGGAGUCGAAAUCGAGAUCGAGGCACGGAUUGAUAUGUAUCAACGGCAAGGUCGGACUCUUAAGCGGAAAUGGCUGUUUGAUAGCUUAUCCACUCCGAGCUUUGAGAACGAUGGAUCCUGA